UCAGCAGUGCGUGCGCAACGAAUUUUCUUUCGAUGGCACCAAAUUCGCCGCCAAGUCCACCGGCAUCAACGCCGAAGGGAGCCUCAUGCGGCGCAACGGACAGAUCAUGCCGAUGCCUCUGGGAGAACCCAACCUCUCCAUCGACUACGAGGGAUCCUUCAUGGCGCCUUUCGUCAUCCUGGACACGGACUACGAGAACUUCGCUUGCAUUCACUCCUGCGUGGACGUGAGUCAAGGCUACUUCGCAGACUUCGCCUUCAUCUUCUCCCGCGCCCCAAGCAUGUCGGACAAGCAGCUGAAGCGCUGCGAAGCCGCCUUCAAGAACAUCGGUCUCGACACCUCCCGUUUCACCAAGACCGUCCAGGGAUCCUCAUGCCCCUACGAGACUCAGCAAGCUCUCUGACCUGUUUUGAAAGAACGGAGCCGAGCGUGUGUUAAUGAAGUGACCGAAAGAACGAC